AGGUACCUGAGUCGCCUUGCGUAUGCCCGUACCUCAGCUGUGAUGUCUAUGGUUGGUUACAUCCUUGGUCUUGGUGAUCGGCAUGGAGAGAACAUCCUCUUUGAUUCUACCAAUGGAGACUGUGUACAUGUUGACUUUAACUGUCUCUUCAACAAGGGUGAGACCUUUGACUGGCCUGAGAGAGUUCCAUUCCGUUUGACUCACAACAUGGUGUGUGCUAUGGGACCAAUGGGAUAUGAAGGGGUGUUCAGACGAGCCUGUGAAGGCACCAUGAAAGUCAUGAGGGACCAGAGAGAUCCACUCAUGAGUGUACUGAAGACAUUUAUCUAUGAUCCUUUGGUUGAAUGGAGUAAACCAUCGAGAGGACGAAGUAAUGCUCUCAGUGAAUCAGGAGAAAUCAACAAUGAAAAGGCAUUGGUUCAUGUGCGUGACAUAGAGCAGAGACUGCAAGGCAUCUUGAAGAACAAGAACAAAUCCCGGACUCUACCCCUGUCCAUUGAAGGCCAUGUAGACCAUCUAAUCAGGGAGGCUACAGACAAGAAGAAUCUAUGUGAGAUGUAUAUUGGAUGGGCUGCUUACAUGUGAACAUGCCUUUCUCAUUACUUUAUGUAAACUGUAGGAUUAUUUCACCUUGAACACCUGAUCAUGGAGGCUACAGAUAAUAAUCUCUGUGAGAUGUACUUUGGAUGGACUGCUUGCAUGGGAAGAUACCUUCCUGAAUGCUCUUUCUUGGAUUAUUUCACCUUGAUCACCUGAUCUGGAAAGCUACAAACAAGAAGAACCUUUGUGAGAUGUAAAUUGCAAGCGCUGCUUAUGUGUGCAGAUGCCUUCACGAUCGCUUGAUCUAGGAUAAGUUUAUCUUGAUCAGUUCAGGAUCAAUUGAGAAUUAAUGAAUUGCUCCCCCCCC